AUGACUGCCAUUUCCUUCCAGCGGGCCCUGCUUUUCGCGGGUGCCGUGCUGCCCCUUGCCUUUGCACAGACGAUCGUUGUUGACGACGGCAAGGUGGUCGAGGCCAAUGAGAGCACUGUUGCCCCUGCCGUGGAGCCGGCCACGGGCCAGCUGACUGACGCCGUCAUCGCCAACUUGACGGCUCUUCAGCUGACCGACAUUGAGCUCUUCACGUUCGACACUGCCGACAACGACACCUCGGCAUCGGUGAAGCGCACUACCAGCGUCGGCCAGUGCAAGACGUUCCCCGGCGACAAGAAAUGGCCCUCACGCCUGACCUGGACCGUCCUGGACCUGCUGACGGGCGGCGCCCUCAUCGAGACGGUGCCCAUUGGCGCCGUCUGCUACCCCAGCAACGGCGUCUACGAUGCUGCCAAGUGCGCCGACCUCAUUGCCAACUGGCAAAAGUCCAUCACUCACUCGAGCGAUCCCACCUCCGUCAUGUCUCCGCUCUACCAGGGCGAGACAUGCAUGCCCCAGGACGGCAACUCGUCCACCUGCACCUUGGGCGGCUUCCCCUCGUACGCCGUCAAGGCCACCAACGUCUUCCAGAUCCAGCUGGCCAUCAACUUUGCCCGUAACCUGAACCUGCGCCUCGUGGUCAAGAACACGGGCCAUGACUUCCUCGGCAAGUCCUGCGGUGCCGGUGCCCUGUCCAUCUGGACGCACAACCUCAAGGACAUCCAGUUCAUCUCGUCGUACAAGACGCCCUCGUACAAGGGCGCGGCUCUCAAGAUCGGCGCCGGCGUGCAGGUCGGUGAGCUGUACGCAGCGGCCAACAAGUACGGCGUGACGGCCGUUGGCGGCGAGUGCGAGGGUGUCGGCGUUGCCGGCGGUUACACCACUGGUGGCGGCCAUUCCCCCAUGAGCGGCAAGCUCGGCCUCGGCUCGGACCAGGUGCUGAGCCUCGACGUGGUGCUGCCCAAUGGGCGCUUCGUUACCGCCAGCGAGACGCAGAACACGGACCUGUUCUGGGCCAUGCGUGGUGGCGGCGGUUCCACUUUCGGCGUCGUCGUCUCCAUGACGGUGAAGGCGUACCCCAAGAUGAACUUUGCCGGCCUCACCUGGACCAUCAUGAGCGGGCCCGACACCAAUAACACCGACGCCGUCUUCUGGCAGGCCAUGUACGCCUACUGGCGCAAGUUCCCCGAGUUCGCCGCCCAGGGCAACUACGGCUACUCCAUGAUCUUCCCGCGCGGCGCCGCUGGUUCCGGUUUCAUGUGGACCAUGAACCCCUGGCAGGUGCCUGGCAUGACGCUGGCUCAGUUCCAGGCCAUGGUGCAGCCGCUGUUUGACGAGUGGAACGCGCUUGGCUUCCAGUUCGAGCCCGUCUACUUUGAGCACGACAACUUCUACGACAUGUGGACGCAGCAUUUCCCCGCCGAGUCGGUCGCCAACAGCAACCUGCGCACCGCGUCGCGCCUGUACCCGCGCAGCAACUGGGCCGACAACGCCACGCGCGAGGCCAUGUUUGACGCCGUGCGCUCCGUCGUCGAGGACGGCUCCGCCCUCAUCCAGUACAACAUGAACCCGGCGGCGCCCGCGGGCACCCCGGCCUCGGGCGCCAACUCGCACUGGCGCGACGCCGUUUGGUUCGGCAUCAUGGGCGCCGCCUGGGCCGACGGCAUCUCGCAGGAGGAGCUCAAGGCGGUUAACGUCAAGAUCACCCACACGUGGAUGGACAAGCUGCGCCAGUACGGUCCCGGCGGCUACCUCAACGAGGGCGACGUCAUGGAGCCCGACUUUGCCGACGCGUUUUAUGGCACCAACUACAACCGCCUGCUGAAGAUCAAGCGCCAGGUCGACCCCACUGAUGUCUUCUGGGCCCCGACCGCUGUUGGGUCCGAGAGGUGGCAGGUCGAGGGCCAGGAGGACUGGCUCACGCUGCAGACUGGUCGUCUGUGCAAGGUGUCGGAGUAA